AUCAUUUCACAGUGAGCUCGUGACUGUCUCCUCCGUGGAAGGUCUGGACCGAGUACUUAGACAGUCACGUGAUAACAUCGAACCGUUCGGUUUCACAAGAUGGCGGGCGAUUUGCUCUAAAAUAGAUCGUCAACUUGUGAUCAUUAAUUCCUAUGGAUUCCUUUUGCUUUAAAUUGGUCUAAUAUUGCGCUGUGAGCAYCAAAUCGUAUYCUGSUUAUCKGAAGUCGCCAUGAGCGGCGAAAAGCCGGAGAACAAGCGAAAACCUAAAGGUUUGACAUGGGCAGAAGCAUCUAUGAUGGUCUUAGAACGGGCCAGUUCUCCUAUGACACACAAGGAAAUCUUAAAAGUCAUUCAAGAUGAGAAGCUGCGCGAUGUAGGUAAAUCUGGCUCUUCCCUUGCUUGUCUGAAUGCUAUGCUACACCAUCACUCUCGUGGACCAGAUGCACUUUUCUAUAAAGUAGAUGGAAGAAACAGCUGCUACGGAAUGAAUAAAAAAGGAGAAGCUGCUUUAGCAUCCGCACAAAUGAAAACUGAAGAUAUUAAAGAAACCAUUAGCGCCACUAACUCGUUGUCAUCUCCAAGUACUGCUUCUAAUCAACAGUCUCUGCAGUCUUCUGAUUCUGAACCUUCCUCGCCUCCUAAAUGUCUUGAUUCUCUCUCUGAUACAUCAGCACCAAACAAUACGGAGCAAAUAGAGGAAUGUCCAGAACCAGUACCAGUUGUUGAAGUACCAGAUAUUCAAAGAGAGGAGACUUUGUCUUGUGCUUCACCAACYGAAAAAGACAAUGCUGCUUUUCUGCCAAAAGCAUCAACAAAUGCUCCAACAAAUCCAGCUCCAAACAAAAGGCCAAGGCCUUUAUCAAAAAGUGCAAAAAAAGAAAAGAAAAAAGCGUCUGAAUCAAAACCCAGUAAACAACCUCCUGUAAAAAAGCCAAGACCCAGCAGUACAAGACCRCGGCCUGUGGCUAAAAAUGUAUUGAAAAAUUUAAAAGUUGGUACAGUUGGUGAAAUGAGUGAAAGUCAAAGUAUGGGAGACAAUAAGUUAAAAAAGCUUGCUAAUUCUGGUUUGAGUGAAAGCUCAAUUAAUGGUGAAGCCCAUGGAACACCACAGAUAGCAGCAGCUAGAAACAUGGUGAAAUUCUCUGGACUUCAUACUAAAAAGCAAAGAAGAUAUAAAAAGAUGAGUGUAGCUGAUCAGAUCAAAAGGACCAAAGAAGGAAGAGUGGAUUUGCAGUCACCAGAGUCCAUUUUGGCCAGUGUACCACUAAGGAGUUUGUUGAACAAUAGGACAUUYAACCUUCUACCCCCAGCAUAUCAGUACCAACUGCUGAUGCUGUUGCCAAAAGUUGAUCGUGUUGUUGGACAAGAUGGCGGCYUAAGGCCAUCUCAAACAGCUUUUACAAAUGAAUUCUUCACWAGCACUUGUCAUUUAUGGAGAGAUCGACUCAAGGAUGGUGAAUUUACUCCAGAGAUGCAGCAAAAACUCAAAACAGAAGAAGAAAAGCUAACAAAGAUAGAUCCUUGGAAGGCUAAGUACUUUGAACCUGUUUGGGGCCAAAAGUCUUUGUCAAGGCUUGACAACGACAUGCUUCCAUUAUUUCCUGGUCUAACACCAGAGUCUGAUAACUGYGACAACAUUGCAAGGUUUUGGCAGCCACCAAGUCUAGUUGACAGAAGUCUGACAAACACUCAAUCAGAUAACUUACCUCUCCCUCUACACCUUAAACCAGAAAAACUAAAUAACACAUUCUUACCACAAUUGACWGUCCCCAUCAAAAAGCUGCAGUCAAAGACUGACUUAGUCAAGCAAAAGCGAGUUGGCUCUUURCAGCGGUCUGAAGCUGCCAAGUCAUUGAGUAGUAAAGCAAAGGCCAAGAUAAGUGCUGUYAGUAUGGUACUGCAUUCUGCUGAAGUUGCUAAGGCACUGACUGCUUUAAGGACUUCUGAACCAGAAGACAUUCUUCCAGUUWUAAAACUUUUAACGAAGAAGAAAGAUCUAAAAAUACCUGUUGACAUGAAACCAAGUAAAUCCAACACAAAAUUGAAACAUAAAAACAAUCCUACAACUCCAAUCUCCAAGAGAAUUGAAGACAUUAACCCUGCUCUUACGCUAAAUUCACUUGGUGUUCCUGUUUCUCAGCAAGCUAGUAAUGCAACAGUCAAUUUCCCUAAGGAUCCAUUAUUCUUGUCCAAAAGUGAUACCUCAAGUCGACCACUUUCAAGUUUAUUACCAAGCAAUGCAAAGACUGUUAGUGGACUWACAGCUUUGAUGCCUAAAAACUGUGGAUGUCAGUUGAAAGCGAUGAAAGUUUGCCGCAUGUGUGGCGCUUUUUGUCAUGAUGACUGCAUAACAGCGGCUCAGCUUUGCACCAUGUGUGUGAAUUAAACUGCAGCUUUUAUGACCAUAAUCUGUACACAAUCUACACAAAGCAUCAUGUUUCUGUUACUACUGAAAAAGCAAGCAGAGAAGUCUACAGAAGUUAACUAAUGUUAAUGAGCAAUGCAAGGUGCAGUUACAAUACAUUGGUUUUGUCAACUUUUUUUCCUGAUGUGUGUAUGAAGAGACAACAAGUUGUGUAAUACAUCAUUACAAACAAAGAYUUUCCUUGUGACAGCAGAAAAGAAAGUAACUUAGUCUUUAAUUUGAGUUAUUAUUGUGGCUUAACUGAUAACAGAAUGUCAUGUAAAUGAAAGUGAGUCAGGUAGUCUGGUCAUUAUUUUCCAAUAAUGGUAAGAACAGAAAUUAUCAGUGGCAUUGACCAUGAGGCAUUACUAUACUUCACACUUUAGGUAAUUAAUAAUUGUUGGAAGUUAGUAGUCUGGCAGUUUUUGGUCAUAACAGAUAUUUUUGYCUGACUAGAUAGCAAUUCUAAAUUCUUAUAACUUGAUUUACUGACAAAAAUAAUGCUUUACAGCAAGUCUUGYAUACUGAAAUUUGUGAGAAUGCUUUUCAAAAACCCAUUACACUAAGUGUAAUAAAUUGCAAGCAAAGCAAAGAAAAAAUACACAAUAAAAAGUAAUUUGGAUUUCAUGGGUUUAUGAAAAUCACUCUAUGGAAAAUAUUUACAAAUAAAAUGUUUCAGGAAUCUUUGUAGUACAGUACCUAAGAAGGACGUCGUGUUAAUACUAUCAUAUCUAGUAUCUCCAGGUUAUGUUUAAGGGCCAAGGUGUAUGAAGUGUUAGUAGCACUAGCCACUGCAUUCUGGUAGAUAAAAUCCUUAGAAAAUCUGGGCAGUGUGGAACUCUUUGUAGAACCAAGGCCAAGUGAUUAUAUGUUAGCUUAUAAUUUCAUAGUAAUGGUUUUAUAUGACUGUGAAAAUAUCAACCAAUGUGGCUAUUAGUGACAGUUUUUAUUACAACUAAUCAUGAGUCUACCUUGUUAUGGCUAGUGAAGCUUGUGGAAUCACUUAACUUUUGAUUUUUUCAAAUUCAAAUUUCAAAGAAUUUAUUUUUUCCUGCUUGAACAGCCAACACACCAUUCCUCAAAUUGCUGGUCACUGAUCAUAAAAUACUAAUGUCAAGGAUGUAAAAGAUUGAAAUAUGUACAGAUCUUUAUGAGGAAGAUGGAGUGAAUGAGUGCUUUUGUUUAUAGUAUGAGGUUUCACAGUCAUGUAAUGUAGUCCAGUCGGAAACAUGUUCCUAAUUGUUAGAUAUUAAGAGUUGAAACUGACAUCUGAACAACAGGAAAGAUCAGUUCAUACAAAGCUGAAAGUUAGGUUUCUUAAAAUUCCAUAAUAUUUGUCUUACAAGAUGCAUUGUAGACAUGUUAGAAUGUUAUAGACUGUAAAUAGAUUGAAAUGAUUGAAAAAUCAAAUAUAAAUAAAGUUAUUUCAAUUUUGAA